ACUCUCCUGCUUGCAAGCCUCUCCGCCGCCUCUCCCAUUAUCUCCUUUCCUCUGAACUCGCAAGUUCCUCUAGUUGCCAGGAUUGGGAAACCUUUCUCCUUCGUCUUCUCUCCGGCCACCUUCUCCUCCCAAUCAACAAUUGUCUAUACGCUGGCGAGCUCUCCUAGAUGGCUCGCCAUAGACAGCGGCGCACGACGCCUGUUCGGCACGCCAGACGAUGCCGACGUUGCGCCAGGACAGGUGCUGGGAGUUCCCAUAGUCUUGGUCGCGACGGACGACUCUGGAUCAAUAAGCCUCAAUACCACGCUGGUUGUGUCGCGAAGUCCUGGUCCACGGGUCAACGUCCCCCUUGAACAACAGCCUCCUGGGUUCGGUGUCUUCUCUGAGCCAUCUUCUAUCUUGACGCCUCCAGAGUUGCGGUUUUCGUUCGACCUCGCUCAAGACACGUUUGUGGACCCAUCCGGAAGGUCAUUGAACUAUUAUGCCGUAAUGGCUGAUAAUACACCACUGCCCGCUUGGGUCUCGUUCGACCCCAACCGUCUUUCAUUUUUGGGCCAGACUCCACCGUUCAGCUCGUUGAUACAGCCACCGCAACUCUUCGCAUUCCGGCUUAUCGCAAGCGACGUUGUCGGCUUUGCGGGCGUUUCCCUGAGCUUUGGCAUCGUUGUCGGAGCCCACGAGAUCACCUCGGCUCAGACUGCCAUAGUUUUGGAUACCAAGAUUGGGGAGCCGGUGUUGUAUACCGCACUACGGGACAACAUCAAGAUCGAUGGCCAGCAGUCCACCACCGAGAAUGUAGUUAUUGCUUCUACGCCGAGUAUCCCCCAGUGGCUGUCCGUCGACAAAGCCACUUGGCACAUAUCCGGUGUCCCGCCGGAAGGUGCUGCCUCGACAAAUUUCACCAUUGCACUUCAAGACAGGUUCUCAGACACACUGAAUCUGACUGUUCACGUCAAUAUCCCCGAUGAAGCAACCCAGGGAUCUAGCCUCUUCAAAGGAAGCAUUCCUGUUCAAAUAACUACGGCUGGUAAGCCGUUUUCACUUGACCUCGGUCCGUAUCUCUUACAACCCGAGGAUAUAGACAUUACGAUUAUAGCGGUCCCGUCAUCAGCUUGGGUGCGGGUUGGUGCUGGCACAACUACAAUUUCUGGCAACAUUCCCGACGGAUCAAACGACUCUCUUCUCAGAAUCACGAUCAAAGCGACAUCGAAACAGUCCGGGAAGUCUGAAUCAGUAUCUAUAACAGUUCAUGUCCAGCCUGGCCCAGGAGAGUCGCCUACUGCGGUGCCAACCAAGCCGACGACGGGAACAUCGGAUGGCCAAGUAUUUCCAGCCAACGAAAGUGGCACGAGGUCUCCUAUUCUAGUAACAACUCUACUGCCAGUCCUUCUGUUGCUCCUCGCCGCCACAAUCUUACUUUUCUACUGGUUUCGCAGUCGAAAAAACUCAACAAAGUCCAAGCCGAGUGACGAAGACCUAGUUGGCCCUUUCCCUGGAGCUUUCGUAACGGAUAUCGGGGAACAGAAACACCAUAGUAGAUUUCCACCGGGUCGUUUUGACAAGCCACGGUCCAUGGCGCAUGAAUUUCAUCCGAAUUUGAGUGAUUCCACAGGCUCAAGAUUGGGAGACUGGGAAACCGAUAGCGAGACAGCCCAGCCGCUGACUGCGGUUCGGCUGCUACUAUCCACAGAAAGGGGCCGCUCAGCUACUGGAAACCUGUCCAAAGCUGGGAGAACAUCACUGCUCGCGAGCCUGCAGUCUCAGAAACAGCACAAGGAGAGCUCAUCCAUCGACUACGUCUCCGAGACUAGCUUAUACGGCGAUACUCGUGAAAUUGUCGACGGGAACUCCCUUGCACUGUUUGGCAACAGGAGCAGAGGUUCGUUCAGAGAUGCCCUUGAGAUCACCAUACCAUCCUUUGGAGAGGUCUCGAGCAUACAGCGGACCCCCGAUUCAGCAUAUACCGACAGUGGCGGGAAGUCUCACUGGUGGGGCACGGGCUCUAAAUCAUUCCCGUCGGGUCGCGUUUCCUUGACAGAAGCCUACCAAGAGGUCCAGCCGCUGAGAACAGAAUCAAGGCUGGGAUAUUAUCCGUCUUUGCCGGGUGGCAAAUUUUCGUGGCCGUGGCUUAAAGGCGCUCUAGCGAAGGGAAACACGACGGCUCGCCGGCUCAGCACGUCGAGUGUCGACACCUUUGCUUAUAAAAAAGAAAGCAGGACACCGGAGCGUCCGCGACAACGUGAUGAAGGGCCAUUGGCUCUCGAUUCGCCGCAUCCGCCCCUUGCCAAGCUGCCCAAGCGGGAUUUCUAUGCUCGACCUGUCACCAGAAGAGGGCCAGACGAAUGUCUUGGGGUAGGCCUCAGCUUUGGCACCCCAAGCAGCACCCAGGCAAGAGAAGGGAAUCGAGGAAAAGAGGUUGCCGAGACGGGUUCGGUGGCGAGUCACGAAUCUUCGCGUGAUUUUCUAGGCAUAUCUUGGGAGAACCUGCAAAGGAUGCCGGCUUCUAUACCAUUGGAUACGUGGUCCACGGUUCUCUCGACAGACAGGUGGGGGGACGAGGCGACACGAAGCUCAGACGAUACAGGCAGGACAAGAGCGGCAGCCUCGGGGGGCACCGCGGAGGGGUCGGCACGAAACUGGACAGUGCUGGAGGACUCCCCAAUCAUCCGGGACUGGAACUUUGACCAGAUCUCGAGGCUGGAGUCUGAGACUGAAUCCCCGAGCCGAGGGUCGGCAGCCCAGGGUCGGGCCGAAGCGUCGACCGGAACAAGCAUCUUCACAGAUGUGGUCAGCAUUGGCGAUGUAGAAACGGACAAAUGCCGGAAAUCUGAGAAUGCUAGCCGGGCAGGGUCGAAGCUGGACAGACACAGUCGGCUUCAAAAGGCAUAUAUUUACCUUGGGGUAAUCAAUUACGGUUCAUACGGGCUUCUAGGUUGUUUAUUGCGAAUUGAUAAUGGCAGAAAGCUCUUGGUAUCAUUACUAGUACCGCCGGUUCCAUAUCGGAGAGACAGCCACUUCAGCUCAGCCGGAGGAUUCCAAGGCUCCAGCGAUAGGUCCCGCCAACCGAUACACACUGUGACGUCUUUCCUCUCUGGGGCAGGCGCAUCCCCUCAAACCCCUCAUCAACCUCUUCCACCAACUGGGUGGCACAAUCGCAUCAUCAUGGGCCAGACACUCUCUGAGCCUGUCGUUGAGAAGGCGUCCGCAAAAGGCGAAGAUGAUCGGCUACUCUAUGGCGUCUCGGCCAUGCAGGGCUGGCGCAUCAGCAUGGAGGACGCGCACACCACGGUGCUCGACCUACUAGCCAAGGACCCCAAGGCAGCCAAGAACCACGCGUCGAGGCUUUCCUUCUUCGGCGUCUACGACGGCCAUGGCGGAGACAAGGUUGCGCUUUUCGCUGGAGAUCACAUUCACAACAUCAUCUCGAACCAGGACACAUUCAAGGCGGGCAACUACGAACAGGCCCUCAAGGACGGGUUUCUCGCGACCGAUCGAGCAAUCCUGAACGCAGAUCCCAAGUACGAAGAGGAAGUUUCGGGCUGCACCGCCUGUGUUGGUUUGAUUUCCGAAGACAAAAUCUACGUUGCAAAUGCUGGUGACUCGAGAAGCGUUUUGGGCGUGAAGGGCAGGGCGAAGCCGCUGUCGUUUGACCACAAACCGCAGAACGAGGGCGAGAAAGCUCGGAUUACAGCUGCAGGAGGUUUCGUCGACUUCGGCCGGGUGAACGGGAAUCUUGCUCUUUCGAGAGCUAUUGGCGAUUUCGAGUUUAAAAAGAGCGCCGAGCUCGCGCCUGAGCAGCAGAUAGUGACGGCCUACCCGGACGUCGUGGUGCACGACCUGGGCGACGAUGACGAGUUCCUCGUUAUUGCCUGCGACGGUAUCUGGGAUUGCCAGUCUUCCCAGGCCGUUGUCGAGUUUGUCAGGCGAGGAAUUGCUGCCAAGCAGGAACUGGAGAAGAUAUGCGAGAACAUGAUGGACAAUUGUCUGGCCUCCAACUCGGAGACCGGCGGCGUGGGCUGUGAUAACAUGACCAUGAUCAUCAUUGGCUUCCUCAGAGGACGGAGCAAAGAAGAGUGGUAUGAGGAAAUAGCCAGACGGGUCGCGAAUGGUGAUGGCCCUUGCGCCCCCCCGGAAUAUGCUGAGUUCCGCGGUCCGGGCGUGCAUCAUAACUUUGAUGAUAGUGACAGCGGCUAUGAUGUUGAGGAGCAGAACAAGCAGGGCAAGAGCUUUGGCUUGGGCGGCUAUAGGGGACGUAUCAUCUUCCUAGGCGACGGGACCGAGGUUCUGACCGAUUCGGACGACACGGAGAUGUUUGACAACUCGGAGGAGGAUAAGGACCUCGCCAGUCAAGUCUCUAAAAGCACUUCGCAAGAGGGCUCCUCGGACGGCACAGACGAGAAGACGUCGGCUAAGGACGCUGCUCUAGAAAAGGCUGGGACAACAUCGGAGCCGGAAAAG